GCUUACAGCAGUCAAGUUUUCCACAUGGCCAAUGCCUUUUCCAUACAUGGGGUUACAAUAAUGAGGGAGGAGGUACCUCCCAUCCAUAAAAAGAGGACAGGUGGUACUCUGUCUGAGGGAAGCAAAGAAGCAAAGGGGACUACACACAGCAACUCUACACAACAGGCACCUUGCCUUUCAAUGAUCACCGGUCCUGAUUAUGUCAGCAGAGCUUCUACCUCCUGGCUGGCUGCAGAGGACCCUGGCAGUGAUGCUGUGGUUAUCAUGUGGCAGCGCUCUCCGGCUAGCCAAUCAGAUGGCAUGCACAGCCAGGAGUCCCGCCACUUACAUCCUGGUCUUUACUGGGCAAUGGAAUCCAACAACAUUCCCCAAGCAGUAUCCUAUGUUCAGACCUCCUGCCCAGUGGUCCAAACUCAUAGCGGUCAGCCAUAGCAGCAGAUUCCACCUGUGGCAGGAGGGCUCCCUGGCCAGUCAGGGGGUGCAGAUGUUUGCAGAGAGGGGGGUGACUGCCGCUCUCAUCAAAGAAACCAAGGAGGUGAAGAAGAGUACAAGGAGUGUCCAUGGUGUGUACAGAGCUCCGGGCAUCUCUAACGGGAUCGGGCACACCUCCACAGAGCUGCACAUGCAGCCCAGGAGCCCUCGGCUGUCUCUGAUGGGGAAAAUCAUUCCAAGCCCUGAUUGGUUUGUUGGGGUUGACAGCCUUGAUCUUUGUGACGGUGGCCAAUGGGUACAGGAAGUAUCACUUGACCUUUAUCCAUAUGAUGCAGGGACAGACAGCGGCUUCACCUUUUCAUCUCCAAACUAUCUCACAGUGCCCCAGGAAAACAUCACUCAGAUCACGUCACAGAACCCAAACCACCCCGCUAACUCUUUCUACUACCCCAAGCUGGAAAAACUGCCCCCUCUGGCCAGGCUGACCCUGACACGGCAGACUGGGCACUUGCCCGGUCACAAGCAGUUCUCCAACCACAUCCUCCGAGAGGCUGGCAGCAAACGCUACUCAGAGACGCCCCUGGACUGUGAGGUGUCAAGGUGGUCCUCAUGGGGUCUGUGUCUGGAGAAGUGUGGCAGACCGGGGGUCCGUCACAGAACACGCUACAUCCUGCUCCAACCGGCCAAUAGCGGAACUGCAUGCCCCGACCUAGAGGAAGGGGAAACAUGUUUCUCUGAGAACUGCAUCUGAGCCCUGGCCAGGACAACCCUGGGAGGGGGGGGGAUCACUACAGACAGACACACCUAGCAUUCAGGACAAUUCAACACUCCCCCUCCACUCCGCAAUCUAAACAGAUCCUCUUGCUUUGAUAUGUGAAUUCAGAGCUCACAUAGAGAAAAGGUGUCAGCAGGUUAAUGCGCUAGCCUCUUACCUACUGGGUGACAAGGAGGGACGGUUGUUAAGGUCAGUUUGAGGUGCCCUGGAGUAGAUAUUUGGGGAGGCUCACAUGAUGUAAUAUAGCACAGCACCAUCCACAUUGUGUCUGUAUGCAGCCUGUGCCAAUGUUCCUCACAAACUAUUCACCAGCAGCAUCAAUAUUCUUUUUUUAAUGAGGCAUUUACUGUAAAUACCAAUAAAAUAGUAAUUUGUACUGUAGUCCUUUAAAUUCACACUGACACACCAUUUAUAAGAGGGACUGGGUUAAGCAAUUAUUAUUGUCUGCAACUUUUUUUAUAAAGUACUGGUAAACUAUUCAUAUAUAUGUGUAGUUGAGUAUAUCUCAGAGGAUGACUGAAUGCCAAGCAAUAGAAUGAAUGAAUUCCAGAGAGUAGCAGCAGCAGCUAUGCCCACAUGGUCCACACGUCUGCUCUGUAUCAGUAGACAGGGAGGUAUGACACAAGGAUGCGGGUCUGAGCUCUGGAUUCUCACCUGCUUUCAGAUCCCUCUAACAGAUGAUCUCUGAGUGUGUUAAGUCAACACGUUGUUCUGUCUGCAAAUUCGCUGUGCGGAACAUGCAAAGUGGGAUGAACCUCCAAAGUCUUUUUUCUUGGAGAGUUGCAGUUCCAGAAUGCAUUGAAUCUGCAGACACAUUGCAUAAUUAAUUAGCACAAAUGUUGAUGAAGAAGGUCUUCAGAAGGAACUGAAUACCCUGUGUUUUGUCCACGUUAGACAGGAUCACUGGAAUGGUAUUUUUUGCAUUCAAAUGGAUAGAAUAGGAUACCCCAGAGAUAUUUCUGUUUUGGUAUCCGUAAUGCUGGCAACUCUGGUUAUAAGGGAUGAUGUCAAUGUUGCUGUCUAGGAAACAGCUGGAGGUGAGGAGGAAGAAACUGCUGUUCAAAGAGCUAACAAGUUGAGCACCCACACUCAUUUGUGCAUUCACAGCUCCCUCUAGUGGUCAAGUGAUCACGUGAAUUAAUUUCAAUGAAUAUUUAUUCAAGCCAAAGUGUGAACCACGUGUUCAGUUUGACACUUAAUACAAUUCCUUGGUGUCUGUUUAAUACAUUCUUACAUUGUCUUCAAAGCAGUUUAGUGGUGGCAAUCACAUUUCCAGGCACUGCAUAUAUGUGUUUUGGGGGAGUCUGGAAGUCUGAUUGAAUAGCACCUAUGAACAGGGCAAUAUGCAGGUAUUAUUUUAAACUCAAUUUAAAAAGGUUACAUUGCAUGAAAACCAUGUAGAGCUGACAUUUUUACCACAAGCUUGGUUAUAUAUUAAACUACAGCCUGUUUAAAAUUCUACAGGGCACCACAGCUUAAAACAUUAAAACAACGACAUAAAACAUUCACAUUCCUAAAUAUAGUCAUACACUGAAAACGAACAUACAUGAAAUAAAAAAAAAGAUAAGCUUGAUGCACAGUACAGUUUAACAUAUACUAAAUGCAGUGCAUUGUAAGCGAGUUAUCCUCUCUAUUCUAACCUCUUUCAAGCUGCUGCUCCUGCUCUACUUCCCUUCAUCUCCUCCCUUCUCAACACCUCUCUCCUUUCUGGUCUUUUCCCUCUGCCUUCAAAAAAGCCUCUAUCACUCUCCUCCUCAAAAAACCUACCCUCGACCCCACCUCCCUCCAGUGCUACCGUCCUGUCUCCCUCCUACCCUUCCUCUCCAAAACCCUCGAGCGGACUGUACACCGCCAUCUCUCUGCUUUCCUGUCCAACCUAUGCUCUGCUCAACCCUCUCCAAUCUGGCUUCCACUCUGCUCACUCCAAUGAAACCUCCCUCCUGUCUGUCACCAACUCACUAAAGACCUGGGGAUCUCUGGCACUGCUCUGGCCUGGGUGUCCUCCUACCUCUCCAACCGCACUUACCAGGUAACCUGGUGUGGAGCAACCUCCACACCUCGCCCUCUCUUAACAGGAGUCCCCCAAGGGUCAGUCUUGGGUCCUCUCCUGUUCUCUCUCUACACCCGCUCCCUGGGCCCCCUCAUCGCAUCCUAUGUUUUCUCAUACCAUUUCUAUGCUGAUGAUGCUCAGAUUUUCCUCUCCUUCCCCACCUCUGACUCCACCAUCCCCUCCCGUAUCUCUACUUGUCUGUCUGCUAUUUCCACCUGGAUGCACUCGCAUCACCUCAAACUCAACCUCUCUAAAUCUGACCUCCUUUUCUUUCCCUCCUCCUCCUCCCCCUCCUCUGAUCUCUCUAUCUCUGUUCCUCUGGAAUCUACCACACUCUCUCCCUCUUCCUCCGCUAAGAACCUCGGAGUCACCCUGGACCCCUGCCUCUCUUAUUCCCAGUACAUAUCCACUCUGGCACGCACUUGCCGAUUCUUCCUGAGCAACAUCCGAAGAAUCUGACCCUUCCUCACCAACUACGCCGCCCAGCUCCUGGUCCAGGCCUUGGUACUCUCCCGCCUAGACUACUGCAACUCCCUCCUGGCUGGCCUCCCUGCGUCCGCCACCCGUCCGCUCCAGCUCAUCCAGAACUCCGCUGCCCGCCUGGUGUUCUCUCUGCCUCGCUUCUCGCACGCAACUCCACUACUCCGCUCACUCCACUGGCUCCCGAUCACCGCUCGCAUCCAGUUCAAGACUCUUGUACUAGCCUACAGAUGCCUUGACCAGACUGCACCCAGCUACCUCCAGACCCUCAUCUCUCCCUACACCCCCACUUGACCUCUCCGCUCCGCCUGCACUAGAAGACUGGCUCUACCUCCUCUACGCUCCCCUGCCUCCAGAGCCCGCUCCUUCUCCACCCGUGCUCCGCAGUGGUGGAAUGACCUUCCUACAGAUGUCAGGACUGCCCAGUCCCUUACCACAUUCUGACGCCUCCUUAAGACUCACCUCUUCAGACAGCACCUGUAGAACUCCUCUGUUUUUCCCCUGGGACACUUAUCACCCUUCCUUAAAUGUGCUUUACUUGCUCUUAUCUGCCCCCUAUUUUACUGCAUUUAAUCCUGUACUUCAGAGUACUGUAAUCUGCCAAGUGUUUAAUCUGUAGUAUUUUGUAUUUAAUCAUAUCCUGAUGUAACUAUCACCGACACUGUUAUCUGCUGUAUUGAAUUGUAUUUUGUCACACUUGUACUUGCUUGAACCAAAGUCAUUGUAUUUAUCUUGCUCUUAAUUGUAUUAUUACUUGUACUGUGAUACUUGAAAUGUAUUUGCUUAUGAUUGUAAGUCACCCUGGAUAAGGGCGUCUGCUUAGAAAUAAAUAAUAAUAAUAAUAAUAAUAAUAAUAAUAAUAAUAAUAAUAAUAAUAAUAAUAAUAAUA